AUCCAACGCUCCCCCACUGCAGAUGUCGCUCUACCUCGAGAGUUCAAAGAUUAUCGCCCGGGUCAAUUACGGCGGGCUGCGUGCGGCAGUGUAUUCCGACAGAUCAAUAAAAUCGAAACCGGAACAGCUGUACGCAUUAUGCGUUGAGACGCUCAAACACCAGGAAAUCCUCAACGAAGUUAUCGAAAAGUCACAGAUACUAAAGGUCGAGAAGAAGGUGAACCCUCCCCUGGAAGGGGCGAAAUUUUCAUCCCAGGUCCUUAUUUUCCUUCCGAUCUAAAAUCGGCUUUUACCUGAGCCAUUGUGAACUUUGCUGAUGUUCUCAUGGGUCCAAACUAGCUCACGCAUCCCUUGGCAUUGGUACUCUUACAUGACUUUCUCAUUUCAAAGAACGGGAUCGCCGCCUCUGAUGGCCCGCUGAAAUCUUCGAUAUUGAGAAAUCGAGCUCGUUUAUCGGCCGAAUUUACCCGCGCGAGACUCAAACGUGGCUUUUCAACCAAAGCAGCGCUUCUUGCAAAAUCCCAGCUGCCGCGGUUCCCACGAUGGGUUCGAAUCAACAAUCUGAAAGCUAAUUAUGAUCUACUCAUGAACAAGGGAGUAUUUUCCGAAUUCACCCCUAUAAACGAGCUCUCAAAGCUCUACCCGAAACGCGAUUGUUUACCAAAUAAGGUCUAUGUGGAUCCUUACGUCGAUGACUUAUUGGCAUUUGCCCCUUCUGCUCCCUUGCUAAAGCAUCCGCUCAAGAAGACUGGUGCCAUUGCGUUCCAGGACAGAGCCUCUUGUGUCCCUGCACAAUUACUGGACCCUCCCCGGGACGCAUACAUCAUCGAUGCUACAGCAGCCCCGGGAAACAAAACUACGCACCUUGCGUCCUUGCUAGGACCCGAUUCUAAGGGAAAGAUUUUUGCUUUUGAGAGGGACUAUCGAAGAGCGUUUACCUUGAAGGAAACUGUUGAGGCAGCGGGGGCAGAGAAUCUGGUCGAGAUCAGACCGGCAACCGACUUUCUCAGGAGUGCACCGUGGAACCCCUCCGAGAAUGAACUCAAUAGAGUCACCCAUAUCCUACUAGAUCCAAGUUGUAGCGGAAGUGGUAUUGUGGAGAGGGAAGAAUAUAGAUAUGUUCCUGUGGGUGAGCCGGGCGCUAAGGGGACAAGAAACUCAGAUGGAGCAUCGAAGGGGGCAAAUACACCGCCGAGCGCCGCAGAAUAUGAGGAUGCGAAAUCAUGGCGAACAGGGGCCGCAGAGCGCGAUCGGAUUUUCGCUCUAGCCGACUUUCAGGUCCGGAUAAUCGAGCAUGCCAUGCGUUUCCCCAAUGCGACACGGAUAACAUACAGCACCUGCUCUAUACACGCACAGGAGAAUGAGCGGGUUGUCAUGGCAGCACUAAAUACCCCUGUUGCGAGGAACAGAGGGUGGGUGACAGAGCCUCGGCAUCUAAACAGAAUGAAAGAUUGGCCUAGGAGAGGUAUUUUAGAGGAAUGCAAUGGAAACGAACAAGUGGCGGACUCGUGUAUCAGGUUUAAUCCGUGGGUUGACGGAGGUAUCGGUUUCUUCGUGGCGGUUUUCAUCAGAAGCGAGCAAGAACGGGCGCGCUUGCCCGAAGCUCCGGCUAUCAAAUGGGAUUUGGCGGAGAAAGCAAGGCAGGAGCGUGCAGCGACUGCGGAAGGCUCAGAAGAGGAGGAAUGGGAGGGCAUCGAUGAUAGUGACCUACCAACAGAGCCGAGUCCCCGGCAACUACAUCCGGUACCUAUCCGGUACUACGCCAUAGCUCCGCUAGAGGACACUGUGGAGCCUGAGCCCCUAACCCCCACCCCAGGCCGCAGCGAACUCGGCACCAGCCCAGGGUCCGGCUACGACCCCAAUUUCUCGAAAGGACCGAAAAUCAGACGUGGCGGGUCGAAGCCGAAGAAGAAGACCCAGCGCGAAAAGCAGCGUGAGAAGCAGCAAGCGCGUGAGAAGGAACUCGCCCUCAUUCGACCGAUGAAGAUGCGCGAGCGAACGGUUCGCCGGGGGCCGAGCGGGGCGGAGGAGGAGGAUGAUAUCAAUGGCUCGUGGGCAGAGGUCUUUGAAGACGACCUUGAAUACGUAUCGAAGAGGGCAAAUUCUAUCGUGAAGCGGAAUGCAAGUGUAGGAAACCUAGACAGGAUAAAGGAUGUUAGGAUACCUCCGGAAGAUUUUGACAAGAGAGAUUUCUCACGGCUGCAGACCGGACCUUCCGACGAUUAGAGAAAGGCUGUGGAUGACUCAUGUUGUGUGUAUUAUAUCGUGGCUACCACCGUUUGUAUUUAGCUCGAUUGGUUUGUGAAGGCCAGAGACCCUAGGAGAUGACGGGGGCGGUAGUUUCUUUUGCGAGUUGGGAGAUUGUAUUAUAUCAUGAUUGUUAAGGUGGUUCCAUCGGUGUUUCUAGCAUGCAUACAUAUAAAUCACUCCAACCACCCUUUCUUGCCCUCUUUUUUUCGCAUUUCUGUCUGGUCAAUCGUUGGUCGCAUUGAGUGUGUACCGUACUUGUACUCGCGCCGAAUCUGUAAUGCCUAGAGCGCAUCCGAAUAUCUAAUACCGUACUCGUG